AUGACUACAGCGAUUAUUGAUGUUGGGGAAAUUGGACCACUUUACAAAAUAAGGGUUUACCAUGACAACAGUGGUGAAGAUCCAUCUUGGUACUUAGAGAAGGUUAAAAUGAAAGACAAAGACACAAACCAAGAAUUCCACUUUUUUGCAAAUCGUUGGUUGAGGCACCCUGAAGAUCUAAUACCUGAUAAGGAGGGUGAUGAAGAAAUGUCAUCAGAAAGAAGGGAUGAGAUGAAAAGUGAUAAAUCCAAUGGUAAUAAUCUUGACAAAAAUGUGCAGGAUGAAGGAGAUGAAGAUAAUAAAAUAGAACCUGAUGUUUUGGUGGAAUUACCAGCCAUUAGACCUGAUAUUCCACCCCCUCCUGUAUACAUGUAUGAAGUAGGUGUCCAUACCGGUGAUAAAGGUGCUGCUAGCACAGAUACUGAGAUCUACAUGACACUUUAUGGUGAGAAAGGUGACACUGGAAGAAGACAACUCAGGAAAUCUCAAAAACACAAGACAAAAUUUCAGAGAGACCAGGUAAUAUGGUUUGAUACUGCUGUGGAUGACAGAAAAACAGAGAGAGAGGUUCCUUUGUUAGGAAUAUUGUCAAUCCCAGCAGAACCCAAAGUGGACCCAGAUGCUCUCAAGUCAGAGCGUGAAUGGAAGAUAAAAGUGAAGACUUCCAAUGAAGAUGGUGCUGGUACAAAAGCUAUGGUUUAUCUGGUUAUAUAUGGUGAGGAAGGUCAACAAACUACUGAAGAACUCAAUGAUGGAUCUCUCACAUCACCAUCCUUUGAUCCUGGUAAUGAAGAUGAAUUUGAU